AUCGUACCAUGCUUCUUCUUCUCACUCUUAAAUCAAUAGUUGCGUAGAACGAAAGAAGGGGAACUUUGACUAAGUGUUUUGUGUCUCUAACUGUCUUAUUAUUCUGCGCCAAAAAUGUAAGACGAUUCGUUACCUUCCUGUAAAAAUGUCACAUUGAACGCACGUUUCCAAAAUCCAGCUACCAUAAUUUAAACAUUAAAUAAUUCAGACAUGGACGUCACAAAAUCCAAUUUUAAUCAACUGCUGCCAGCAAUAAAAGAUGCCAUCAAGAAUUGUACAUUUGCGAGUAUUGACUGCGAAAUGACUGGCUUGAAUGUCAUUAGAGAUAUAAAUGCUUUUGAUACUCCUGGAGAAUAUUAUGUUAAAGUUAAAAAAAAUUGUCUUGAUUUUUUGGUUAUACAGUAUGGAUUAAGUCUUUUUAGGUAUGACGAAGAAAAUAAUAUUUUCAAACAAAGCACAUACAAUUUCUACAUAUUUAGAAAACCAAUUAACCGUAAUAUUCCAGAUCAAAGGUUUCUGUGUCAGUCCAGUAGCAUAGAUUUCCUCACAUCGCAAGGUUUUGAUUUUAACAAAUUAUUCAAAGAUGGCCUGCCUUAUUUGACUUCACAGGAAUAUGAUAAGUGUAAAAGUAAUUUGGAAGAAAAGAAAAAGAACCACAUAUUUACAAUCCAAAACCAAAACAGAGAUGUUAUUCCUGUACCUGACAAUUUAAAAGCUUUUAUUGAGGAUGUCACUAAAAAACUUGAAAACUUUGCUGAAUCUAAUGAAACUGAAAUAUCACUACCAAAGUGUAGUCCAUUUGCCAGGAAACUGAUUUACCAAGUAGCUGGAGAAAAGUUUGAAAAUAAAUUAACACUUGAAUCUAGACAAGUGGAAAAAGACAGAAUUUUGUUUGCAGUCAGGCAAAGAACCAAAGAAAAAGAGCAAGAAAUAAUUGAGAAAAAACAUGAGGAAGACUUGCAACAACUUGAGGAUUAUAUAGGUUUCAGUAAAGUACUAGAAGUUUUAAGAGAAUCAAAAAAACUUAUAAUAGGACACAACCUUUGUCUGGAUCUUUUGCAUACCAUUGACAAAUUCAUGACACCUCUGCCUGAGGACUAUGAAGAUUUUAAGGUCUGUGUUCAAAAGAUAUUUCCACAUGUCAUUGACACCAAGUAUAUGGCAAGUUCGGAGCCAUUCAAAGAUCUCAUAUCAUCAACAGUAUUAAAAAGUCUAUUGGACACUGUAACACAAGAACCAUUUGAAAUAAUUCCAACUGAAAUUGAAACUGGAGCAGAAGGCUACAAAAUUGGUGAUGACAAAGAACAUGAGGCUGGAUAUGAUGCUUUUAUCACUGGCCUUAGUUUUAUUUCUAUGUGGCGAUAUUUAGGAACUAAAGCGAACAAAUCGCCGAAAGACACAUUUAAAGAUUUAAAAUUGCUCAACAAAAUGUUAAAUCGUAUCUUUACUAUGAGUCUUGUCGACAACCAGUACAUAAACCUACAAGGAAAAGACUUAAAUCCGUCUCGAGAUCACGUUUUCUAUCUAACAUUCCCAAAAGACUGGAAAUACAACAAUAUAGUCGAACUGUUCAGUCCGUUUGGCCCCGUCUUUGUUUCUUGGUUAGACGACACAUCCGCUUAUGUCAGUUUACAGAAAAAAGACCAAGCAGCUUUAGUUUUGAAAACACUAUCGCAAAAUGACAGCUACAGCAUUAUACCGUUUAAUAUGCGUAAAGAAAUGUUGGAGAGUUCGCCGUCGCGACGGAGAAAAUUCGACGUUGCUAAUCAUGGGAGUACGAAGAAAAUGCGAAUGACCAGUUUGGAGCGUAUUUUUAAUCUUCUUAUUGUCUUCUUGCUGUUAGCUACAACGUGGAGGUGCCUGGAGAUGCUGUAGAAUCCACGACGGAGCCUCAGGAUAAGAAUGCCGGUAUGUGGGAGUCUGUGCCGAAAAAGAAUAAAAGGAGAACUACAAAGACUUUCAAGGAAAGUGGAGCCUGGGAAUAAGGAGCCGUUUAUAAUAUAAUUAUUAUAUAUAUAUAUAUAUAUAUAUGUAUUAUAUAUAUAUAUUUUACUAUUUAGACGAUUAGGAAUAAAAGAUAUAUAGUCAA